AUGUCCACAGAAUCGAUAACUUUAGAUCCCCGUGGCGACGUUACGCUACAAGUUACCCUCCCCGGCCACCGCACCGUUGAUAUAACGGCUUGCUCCCGUGUUUUAAGGAGAUUGCUCCCAGCAUUUGAGCGUAUACUAUAUAUGGAUGCAACAGAAGCGAACGUCAACGAGGUCAAAAACACUAAAUGGGUCAUCAGUUUAACGGGUGAUAACCUUAGUGCACUCGUCACAUUGCUCAACAUGGCGCAUUGCUAUUUGGAUCGGGUUCCAAAGACGCUUUCUAUGGACGAACUAUACGAUCUUACCGUUGUAGCUCAUCGCUACGAUGCCUCGCAACUUCUUGGGCCCUGGGCUCGCACAUGGAUGACUGCUAUCAAUGACAUUAUCAGAGAUACUGGAGUGUUGCAGCCAAAGGCCUUAUGGAUCUCGUGGGAACUAGGCCAGAAAGAGGCAUUCAUGAUGACAGCCUACCGGAUGCUAGUGGAGCUAGAGGCGCCUGAGCUUGCUGACAAUGCGGCAAUGUAUGAGCUCCUGACGCCGCCUUGCUUCAUAGAACAUCUCAAGACAGCGCGCAUUACAGCGAUUGAUAAGUUGCUAGCUCCGAUUCGCAAGAACAUCAAUAGUCUGCUUGCCAGCGACGAGGACCAUCGGUGGUGUCGACACGCAACGUGGAUGGGCCCUCGCUUAUGUGAAUCGAUGAUACUUGGGUCGCUCAUGUUCUCACUCUCAAGGAUCGGUCUGUGGCCGUUGCCCGACCCGGGAGAUGUCCAAGUCAGCGUUGCUGACCUUUCCGCGAAAAUCUCUCGACUGAGGGUGGACGAUAUAGGGAAGGUCGAAGGAGAACCUCCGGUAGAUCAUCAAGAUUGCAAUCCCCAAACAUGGAUAUUAGAAAUGACUCGAAAUGAGAUGCGAGAACUACCGAAUUUGACAUCCGGCCUUCAUCUGGAUCAUCUAGCAAAGCAGUUUAUGAGAUUAAACCUUUAG